CUCAGCUCCUGGGCCUUGGAAGUGAUGCCCAUGGCGUCCCCCCAAACCCUGCUCCUCUGCCUGCUGGUCCUGGCGGUCAGUGAAGGCCAGGGUCAACAGGCAGCCAUCCCAGGCUGCUACUUGCACUCCUUCAAUGUGACGGUGCGAAGUGACCGCCAAGGCACCUGCCAGGGCUCCCAUGUGGCACAGGCCUGUGUGGGCCACUGCGAGUCCAGCGCCUUCCCUUCCCGUUACUCGGUGCUGGUGGCCAGUGGCUAUCGACAUAACAUCACCUCUGUCUCUCAGUGCUGCACCAUCAGCAGCCUGAGGAAGGUGAAGGUGCAGCUGCAUUGUGGGGGGGACCGGAGGGAGGAGCUGGAGAUCUUCACGGCCAGGGCCUGCCAGUGUGACAUGUGUCGCCUCUCGCGCUACUAGCCCAUCCUUCUCCCCCCACCACCCUCCCCU